AUGUACUGGAAGUACUAUUGGUGGGCUUUGUACCCAAAGUACCUGAAAGCAGCCGGAGUUUUAUGUGCUCUCCUAUUUAUAGAAAACGUUUCGUUGCUUGGUCUUUCGUUCUUCACAUCUGACGAAUAUUUCGAGUGGCACAAGUGCUUUUUUGCUGCGUUUUUGUUGACGUCGGAGGUUUAUAUUUGCUUGUCGUUGUGGACCAAUGCGUUUUGGAGGAAGUCUCGAAUGUCUUCUUGCGAGAAACUCUCCUUCCGGCUCAAGAAGCGCAUUGGGGUCGUCAAUUGGAUAGCCUGCGUCUUAGCUUUGAUCUGUUAUGACAGGCAUAUGCGAUACUGUCAGCCAAUGAUGUACACGUGGUUUUGUGCAUUCGAAUACGUCGUCGUGGUUACAAACGUGUUAUUCCACGGAUUAGCAGGUCUGGACAUGCAUCGUUGGCACGUUGUUCUACCCUCUGGGGAAACGUCCAUUUUGUCGCGUUCAUCGUUGAACGGAUUCGGAGACUCUUUUUGUGUGUCAUUUCCGUGCGACCAGAAAUUUAAGGGUGAUUCCAUCGAUGUGGAAAUUAAGUCAGUGGAGAGCGUCGAUUUCGUGCUACAAAUGUUCAAUGAAUGUGCCGUUGGUAUGUAUUUGUGUGGUCUCAUGACGCUGCUCUUUUGUUGUGUGACGUUGUUUUCAACAUUUGCAUUGGCGGAAGUUUAUACUGGACUAGAUCAGUUCAGGCCUGGCUUGAUGAAUAUUUUCGUUCCGUCGAGCGAAGUGAAGAAACUGCUUGGUAUUCCUGCAGAGCUCUAUUACGUUCGAAAUGGCAUCAGCAAUGACAACGCUUUGGCCUUCGUACUGCCGAUUCCUUUGCACGUGGAUUGGAUGGAUUUUGUCGUCAAGGGCCAACUCGAGUCACCUGUCGAAUAUUCGUACAAGUUCAACGUGGAGCCAGUGCCUGUUCCGGUUGUUGGUCUUGGUCCGUCGAAAGCGACUAUUCAUCCGAGCCUGAACGUGACCCAACGAGGAGAAAUUUUCUCGCACGAAGAAACAGUUCGGAUGUCGGUUCUGUGUCCGAAACCGAUCGUUGCCCCGGGCACGAUUUACCCCUUUUCUCUAGUACUCAACAUGUACUCGAAGAACUCGAACCUGUCGAAUGCGUUGGUCUUUCACUUGGAGAAAUUCUGCCGAAUCCCCACGUUGAUGAAUGACGAAAGGAUGAGGCAACAAGGGAAUGACGUCGCUGCCGUGUCUUCAGAGCCCCUGGCAUUCAUGGCAGGAGUGUAUUUCCUCGUGGGACUUCUGGUCGUCGUCGUCAUACUGAGUUGUUUCGUCUCCUGCUUCAUCAGCUGCAUGGCGCGUAAGGCGAAGCAAAACAAAAAGGACGCCGUGACCGCCAGCAAUAAUGGCAUUGCGGAGCAGCAACAACACCUUCAGUUUCCCGGUGAAUCUAGAAGUUCGGCUGGAAGAACCGGAGCAGUGGAGUCCGGCUCCGACGUUACAUCGUCUGUGCAUCCCACGUCUGCUCUUGGUGAUGUUUCCAUUGCCCCUGGCAGUAGUACCCACACCGAACAGGUUCUGCAUCCCAUGUCAACCGAGAGAGAAAUCUUGGAAACCUUGGUUGAAAAGUGCGGAUUGUUGAUGAUCAACCGCGAAGCACUGAAGGUGAAGGACCUGCUCAUGAGUGGCACUUUCGGACAAGUGUGGACAGCAGUGGUGGAUAUUUCGGCGGUUGGGAGUCAGUUUGGGCCGUUUAUGGGAUUCAGGAGGGUUUACAUCAAGACAGUUACAGAAGAGGCAUCAUUAUCCCAAGCACUGCUGAUGGUUCGUGAAGGCGUCACGUUUGCUGAUUUGCAAAAUCUUGAGCCUCGAGUGACCAACUCGGGAGUUUUCCAUGAGCUCCGUGGCUUGAUAUGGGAUUCCGGUCCACCAGUCCUCGUAUAUGACUUCCCCGCCCUGGGGAAUUUGAAAAAGUUUUUGAUUUCGUGUCGCACCGGCGUGCCGAAUGUGCCUCGUCACACUGCAAUGAGUUCAGUCGACUGCGUGUCUGAGAGUUGUAGGAACCUGGACGAUUGUAGUGAAGCUACGGAGAUUGACUCUGUGUCUGCCAGAAGUUUCUCGACGCAUGGCAUCGUUUCCAUAUCGCUCCAAGUGCUCUCCGCCAUAACUUUCCUUCACGAAAGGAACGUCACGCACGGAGACAUCGCGGCAAGGAAUUGCGUAAUGGAUGAAGACAUGCGAGUGAAACUCUGUGACACGGCGCUGUCUCGUGAUCUCUUCCCUUCAGACUACCAUUGCUUGGGUGACAAUGAAAAUCGUCCAGUUCGAUGGAUGGCGUAUGAAUCCAUUGUUCGACAUGAACUGCAUCCUCCAUCCGACAUUUGGUCAUUCGGAGUGUUUCUGUGGGAGUUGAACACGCUUGCCCAAGUUCCCUAUGGAGACGUUGAUCCGUUUGAAAUGCCGAAUUAUCUGAGAGCUGGAUAUCGUCUUCCCCAACCCGUCAACUGUCCAGAUCAACUGUACCAAAUGAUGAAGUACUGUUGGGUCAUGAAGCACGCCGAGCGUCCAACAUGCAUUCAGCUUCUGGUUUCGCUGGAAACGUUCUUGAAAACCCUUCAUGCCUAUGUGUGAAAGCAUUGAUAACAUUUUCAAAACUACUGUAUAUGAAAGAGUCAGGUCAGUCGUUUGAAGUCUUACGCAUUCCCCGGGAACUUGGGGAAUUCACAGUAAUAUUUCAAAGGUGAAACUCGCCAAUGAAAUUUAAUAAGGAUUGGUUUCAUUUGUUCUUGGAUUCAUGGGUUUUUUUCAGCCCAAGGCGUAAUUUUUGCUUUUCACUGAUUUUGUUUUUUUUUCUGGAGUGGGUAGUUCAAGAAAUGACGCAGAAGAGAGAUUUUUUCGAGGAUGUUGGAAAAUUUUGAAUUUGCCUUUUCGACUAUUACGAAAUUUCUUGUUUGUUAACAGAAACUUAAAAUUGAUCUGUGAUAUCCUUACGUGAGUGACUAGCAUUUUUCCUUACUAUUUGAUUCAUGUGUGAAAGCGUGAGUGAUUGGAGGCGGGAAUCCGAGGUUUCAACCCACAUCUGAAAAUUGCCAAAGAUUUCUUCAAAUUUGAUGAUUGGGUUUGGGUUCGAUAUUGAGUUGAAUGUUGAUUUUUACAGUGUUUCGUAUCUUUUUUGAGGUAUGUGUUCAUUAAUCAAUAGGGUUUCGAAGUGUUCUAGCGUGUUUCGUUUUUAUAUCAAUUUUGAAAAUGAAAUUCCUUCGUUUUGCGAACUGCUCGUCUUUUUUGGGAACUCGUUAUUUUUUUUCGACGCUUCUGAAGAAACUAAUACCGCGAGAAAAGACUCAAUACAGGUUUUUCAUUGAAACUUGAAGCAAA